CUUAAGUAAGUUCCUGUUGCGCCUAUUCGAGGUUUAGGUCCAUCCCAUUCACUUUCACUUUUCUACCACUCAAAUAACAACAUAGGCAAGGAGCUCUUCAAAAACUAUAAAAUACUCAAACCUCAAACGUUCCUCUCCAUUGUACUUCAUUAGUUUCUCAUUAGCGUUCGUGUCUGCGUCGAAUUUUUGAUAAAAACGAAAUCAACACCAUGAUGAAGCUGAUAAGCGGUGGUAUCAUAUACUUGGCACUCGUGUUCCAUCUGGGAACAGGUGCUGUGGUGAAUGUUGAACAGAAGUUAAGUGAAGAAACGAAUAUUGCUGUGAAGGCAAUUUUGGAGGAACUGACAGAGAAGAUUCAUUUUGAUCGAAUGUUCGAUCAUAACGUGGCAGAUAUCGAUACCGAGAAUAAACAAUUGACCAUUGGAUCAAUGAGCUGUUCUUGGAGUGGGAACAUCGGAAAAUGCUGUACACAUCUAUAUUAUAUCGAAAGAUUAUGCGUUCGAUUCUCAAUUGUAGGAACCGGAAUAUUUAUAGAGGCGUCGCGAAAUGGUUACACAUUUAAACAGAGAUUUCUCAAAGGCUCAGGCACCAUGACGUUCGAAUACUCCCAUCAUUAUCUACAUCUGACGCUUACAGUCUCGGUAGUAAGAUCCAGCCAAGAAAUCAAAUCAUGUUUCAAAAUAAACUAUAGUGUUGGAUUCCGCCGUUAUUCAAAUAAUCUUGGUUGCAACAAAAAGCGCUGGCACUCCAAUGAAAAUCGCCCUGUGAAAAACUUGAGUCCAAAUAUUAAAAGUCUUUCAGAGUUAGAAGGAUUUGAUUUUGGCCAAAUUUACAGAAACGGAUACCUCGAUGUAAUUGCUGAUGGAAGAUCUCUUUCAGAAGAAAUGGUAAAAGAGAAUAAUGUGGUGAAUAUGGAUUCUCAAAAUGAACAAUCGGUCACUAAAGGAUCGGAAAUUGGAGAUUUGCAAAUGAAAAUUCUUAAGUGUAAUUGGAAAAAAAAAGCAGGACAUUGUUCCAUAUUAUUAGACAAUCUUCCAUGGUUAUAUGUCAAUAUGACAGUAGUUCCAACUGGCAUUCAUUUUCACCUGCAAUUAGGAGUGCGCCCACUUUUAGAUACCGAUAUCCACGGUGUUCUUACUAAAACACUCAAUAUUUCGUUGGGACCUGCACAACUUUGGCUUGAAAUUUCGGUAAAAAACAACACCAGCCAUUAUAUCAAAGUGUGUUUCUUUCUCAAAUAUAAAGUACUGUUUAGGAGUUGGAGUGGAAGUUUGGGUUGUCCCAGCAAAUCGUUUCCUACCAGAGAAGAAGAAAAUAACACAUUGAUGAGCAGCAUGAAGGAUCUGAAUAAGAACUUUCAACAUCCGCUAAGAGUGCAAGAUUCUGAUCCUGAUAUGGUUUUCGGAGUUGUUCAAAAUGCUGUUGAAGAAAAUCAAUUUGAAAAAGCCUUUCAUUUUGUACGAGGAUGAUGUGAAGCGAAAUGAGAAAUAGUAAUUUUGGUUAUUUGCUACAAAAAAUAAUAAAGAAUAUAGAAUAAUUGUAUGACUAGAAUCAAUGGCUAAGCAUAUUAACUGAUAAGAAACUUCAUGAAUUUUAACAGUAUCAUAUUUGCUAAAUAAAAUUUUGAGUAAUUU